UUUUGACAGCUCGUCUUCCAGACACCCUGCUGGUCCCGUUUUAUUUAUUUAGAUAUUUCGUGCAAUUUGCGACCAAAAUAAGGACUUUUUGUUCGGUUUUUCACGGGGAAAAUGUGCGACCAAUCAUCGGAAGCAGAAGUACUGCCCCAAGGGCACCAGAAUGAAGAAAGCGAAAACCCAUCCCACCCACCGUCCAACGUUGAGGCAGAAGCUGCUGCUGCUGCUGUUGCUACGGUAGGCCAAAUGGAACCGUGCGCGGAUGAUUGGAAUGAAAUUACCGCACAGUUUUUCGACUGUGUGAAGGAUCUCAAGCUCGGCGAGCUGGUGCACGACUCCACGUUCGGGCUGUUGGAAGCUAUGUCCGCGAUCGAAAUGAUGGACCCAAAAAUGGACGCCGGUAUGAGCUGCAACCGGGAGGCAACACCGCUAACCUUCGAUACAGCGGUGGAGACUGGACAGAUCAAGCUGAACAAUCUGCUGGCGAAGGAAUCGAUCGGCAUCAUCGAUGCGGUGUACUCGUGUACCGUCUCGUGGCUGGAGGGACACUCGAUGGCCCAGACCGUGCUGACCUGUCUGUAUCUGCAUAAACCGAACCGAAUCGAAUGCAAAACCAUGCGCUCGUUUUCGAUCGCCAUACAGAAGAUCAUCAACCUGAUACGAAACUUUAUCAUCAGAGCCAACGUGUACGAGGAGGAAGAUUUCCAGCACAGCUCGUUCGAUUACAACCUGAGCGAGGAGGUGACGGAAACGAAGGCGAUGAACAUGCUGAAGGCGGCCGAGGAGGAGCUGAUCAAAAAAACCAAAGACACGGAGGAUGAGCGGGAAAGGGAGGAGCUGCAGGCACUGUUGGCACGCGUUCGGUUCACGCGGCUGCUUCUGCACAGCUUGGUGGGAAUGUACCCGCUGAAGCAAGGCAAUUGGCGGUAUGGGCAGGAAGUUGCAGCGCAAACGGCCGUACCGUUGAAAACCGAAAUGAUCGACAUCGUAAAGUCACUGAACGGGGCGUUGGAGCUGGCACAGGCCAUAGAAAAGACGAUUGAGCUGGGCACACAGCCCGUGGAGGGAUCGGAUGCACCGAACCCGAUGGGCUUUUCCAUGAUGGUAAACCAGCGGUUGCUACCGCCGACGUUUCCACGCAGCACCAAAAUCAAGGACCGCCAACUGAGCAUCCAAUAUCUGACAGAGCUAAUCCAGCGCAUCAAGCAUGCGUGCAAAAUUGCCAACUGCACCAGCUACCAUGCAGCGUUGAACUUUCUGAUGGACUUUAACAAGAAGUUUACGCCCUGCCUGCUGUCUCGAAGUAUACCGCAAACGCUGUACCUUCCCGCCGGCCGGUUGGUGUUUGGCGUGAAACCACUCAUCGAGGUACUGAAGGAAUCCGUACGGGCUUUCAUCGCCCCACCAGCCCUCCGUCCGGACAAUCCGCUGUACAACAAUCCUUUCGCGAUAAACUGCAUCAACUCGUUCUUCGAGUACCACGAGCAAACGUUCUACUCGCUGUUCGCGAUCUGUGGCUACAAUCGGGCCCGCCAGCGAGACCAUCUUGGACUGCUGCUGCUCAACUUUGCCCACCUGCAGGACGGUGCGGAGCGGGUCGACGUGUACCUGCACUCGCUCACCCCGCGCAGUGAAAAUUCCCGCCACCUGGCGUGCUUCGGCACCUGGGUGUUUUAUCACUGUUUGCGCGCCAUGUCGUUCUAUCUGCUCGCCGGCCUAGAGCUGGAGCUGUACAGUGUGCACGAGUAUCUGUACAUCUUCUGGUAUCUGUACCAGUACCUGUUCAGCUGGAUCGUGUCCGCACUGACGCGGGCGGAAACGUUCCUCGCGGAGCAGGAGUACGCGGCCGAUCCGAAAGCGGCCAAGGCGAGCCAGAAAAAGCCGAAAUCGAAAAAGCGCAAAACAAAAACGGACGUAAAGGAGAUACUGUUUAACGAAGCGAUGGAGAUGCUGUGCGGCGGCUACUACAAAGCGCUGGUCGGGUUUUACAAGGAGGAUCGCAUCCCGGAACCGCUGCCACUGUUCGACAACGAGCAGGUACGGUUCGAGCAUCGGUUCGCACCGUUCGCGAACCUUUCGACGCCGCCCCCGAUGCCGUACAGCGAGUUUCGGCAGAUGAAGUUCAUCAUGAUACAGUCGCCGGCGACGGAGCUGUACGCGGCGGCCGCGAAACACUUCCACGAGGCGCGCAUGCUGCUCGAAACGUUCCCGAACCCGGACGAGGAGUGGCACGAUAUCGUGAAGGUAGCCAAAACGAACUACGUGAUGAUGAACCUGCUGGCCAGUGGGCACAGCCGGCAGUCGAAGCAGCCGCCGGAGUUUGACUUUUCCUGCCAUCGAUACUUUCCGAUCAUCAAGCAGAGGAAGUAAAGUCAGUUUUUGUGCUCAUGUGCUAUUAUUUAUUUCAAUAGAAAGCUUCCACCGGAACACAUUUUACCACUGUAGAGAGUAAACAAAGAGCAAUGAAUGGUUUGUGUAUGACUUUGAGCGGAAAAAUAGUAA